AUGAACGGAGCCAACUUCGAGGACGUCGAGGACCGCGAUGGCGUCCGCUUCUCCUGGAACGCUUGGCCUUCGGGCCGCAUCGAGGCAACUCGUACCGUCGUCCCCAUCUCUGCCCUCUACACGCCUCUCAAGGAGCGCGAUGACCUGCCGCCGGUGCAUUACGAGCCCGUUACUUGCAAGGCGCCAUGCAAGGCCAUCCUGAACCCUUACUGCCAAAUCGAUGUUCGAGGAAAGAUGUGGAUCUGUCCGUUCUGUCUUCAGCGCAACCCCUUCCCUCCCCACUACAAGGACAUCUCGCAGACCAACCUCCCUGCCGAGCUGCUCCCGAAAUACACCACCAUCGAGUACACUCUGACGCGACCUGUCCCCGUCCCUCCCAUCUUCCUUUACGUCGUGGACACUUGCGUUGACGAGGAUGAGCUCACGGCGCUCAAGGAGACGCUCAUGGUUUCCAUCAACCUCCUCCCCGCCAACGCCCUCGUUGGCCUGAUCACCUUCGGCACCAUGGCUAUGGUUCAUGAGCUCGCUUACGCCGAGUGCCCGAAGUCCUACGUCUUCCGGGGAUCGAAGGAGUACCAGCCGAAGCAGAUCGCGGACAUGCUCGGCCUCAACCCCUCGAACCGCCCCAUGGCUGGUAUGCGCCCUGGACAGCCCAUGCCCGCUCCCGCCGCGUCGAGGUUCCUCAUGCCCCAGCAGGCGUGCGAGUUCCAGCUCAACAACAUUCUGGAGAACCUCCAGCGUGACCCCUGGCCUGUCGCGGACAACAGGCGUCCCCUGCGUUGCACUGGUGUCGCCCUCGGUGUCGCUACCUCGCUCCUCGAGUCGGCGUUCCCGAACACUGGCGCGCGCAUCAUGCUCUUCUCUGGUGGCCCCUGUACCGAGGGUCCCGGCAUGGUCGUCGGCCCCGAGCUGCGCGAGCCCAUCCGUUCCCACCACGACAUUGAGCGCGACAGCGUCAAGCAUUUCAAGAAGGCGACGAAGUACUACGAGGGUCUUUCGAAGCGGGCGUCGGUCAACGGACACGCGGUCGACAUUUACGCCGGCUGUCUGGACCAGGUCGGUCUCCUCGAGAUGAAGUCGCUGCCAAACUCGACGAACGGCUUCAUGGUCAUUUCCGACUCGUUCAUGACCGCCAUCUUCAAGCAGAGCUUCCUGCGAACCUUCAACAAGGACGACCAGGGCUUCCUGAAGAUGGGCUUCAACGGCACUUUCGAUGUCCAGACGACGAAGGAGCUGAAGAUCUCGGGAGUCAUCGGACAUGUUAUUUCGGCGAACAAGAAGUCGCCCUGUGUCGGAGAGACCGAGAUUGGUAUCGGAGGCACGUCGGCCUGGAAGAUCUGCUCUCUCACGGACAAGACGUCGCUCGGUGUGUACUUUGAGGUUGUCACGCCUGCUGGCCAGCCCCUGCAACCGAACCAGAACGGUCUCAUCCAGUUCGUCACGCACUACCAGCACUCGUCUGGCUUCUACCGCCUUCGCGUCACCACGGUCGCGCGGACGCUCCACGAGGGUGGCCACCCCAAUAUUGCCGCGCAGUUCGACCAGGAGGCCGCUGCCGUCCUCAUGGCCCGUAUCGCCACGUUCAAGGCGGAGAUUGACGAUGCGCCGGACGUUCUUAGGUGGCUUGACCGUAUGCUCAUCCGUCUGUGCCAGAAGUUUGCCGACUACAGGAAGGAGGACCCGUCGAGCUUCCAGCUCAGCCCGAACUUCUCGAUCUACCCGCAGUUCAUGUUCCACCUUCGUCGAUCGCAGUUCCUGCAGGUGUUCAACAACUCUCCUGACGAGACUGCGUUCUACCGACACGUGCUGAACGACGCGGACGUGAACAAUUCGCUCAUCAUGAUCCAGCCCACGCUCAUGUCGUACACGUUCGACCAGGAGCCCCACCCGGUGCUGCUCGACUCGGUGUCGAUCCGCCCGGACGUCAUCCUGCUGCUCGACACGUUCUUCCACAUCCUCAUCUUCCACGGCGAGACGAUUGCGCAGUGGCGCAAGGCCAACUACCAGGACCAGGAGGACUACGCCAACUUCAAGGAGCUGCUCGAGGCGCCGGUCGCGGACGCGCAGGAGCUGCUCGAGGACCGCCUCCCGAUCCCCCGUUACGUCGUGUGCGACCAGGGCGGCUCGCAGGCGCGUUUCCUCAUGGCCAAGCUCAACCCGUCCACGACGCACACGAGCGGCACGGGCUACGGCGCCGGCGCCGGCGGACAGGCCAUCUUCACCGACGACGUCUCGCUCCAGGUCUUCAUGGAGCACCUCAAGCGGCUUGCCGUUGGCGCUUCCACCAGCUAG